UUUCACUUCCAUUAAUUUACGUUUUUUUUUAUUGCUGCACGUUUUGGUGAGGGAAGUGAUUAAAUAAGCAAAAAAUCCACAAAAUUAAAAGCGCUUGGCUGUAAAUGCUUACGUUGUGGCAGCAGAUUAUUAGAAAAAAAUAAUAAUUUAUAACAAAAACGAACGCAACUAUUAAUAAAACUAAUUGUUUAGAAAGCAAAGCGCAGAAUUUGGGGUGUGAAGUGACAACAACAAAAUAAAUAGAUUAAUGUUUAUUAGACAAGCACUGGUAUUAUGUUGUAGACAACAACUGCACACACGAUCCAUAUUAAACGCAAACAACACAAGCUUUGGAGAAAAAUCCAGUUUAUUGUUGGCGCGCGGAAAAAGCAAUUUUAUAUUUCAGCGUAAAAUGAGCGCUUCAUCCACUGCAGCUGCUGGCGAAUCGGGUGGUGUUAAUAAAUUGCCGUUGAAAAAGCCACAAGAGCUAGAGGCUAUAUUGCGCUUAAAUGACAUUGCCAAAUCCGAGCAAGACACACGCGACUAUCGCGGUCUGCAAUUGGAAAAUGGUUUGAAAGUAUUACUAAUCAGUGAUCCAAAAACGGAUGUUUCCGCAGCAGCAUUGGCAGUUCAAGUUGGGCAUAUGUCCGAUCCCGAUGAAUUACCUGGCUUGGCACAUUUUCUCGAACAUAUGCUCUUCUUGGGCACCGAAAAGUAUCCACAUGAGAAUGGCUAUACCACUUAUCUAUCGCAGAGUGGCGGCGGCAGCAAUGCGGCUACAUAUCCGCUAAUGACCAAGUAUCAUUUUCAUGUCGCGCCCGAUAAGUUGGAUGGCGCAUUAGAUCGUUUUGCCCAAUUCUUUAUAGCGCCUUUAUUUACGGCCAGCGCCACGGAACGCGAAAUAAAUGCGGUUAAUUCGGAACACGAAAAGAAUCUGCCUAGCGAUAUAUGGCGCGUAAAGCAAGUGCAUAAGCAUUUGGCGAAACCCGAUCAUCCCUAUUGCAAAUUUGGAAGUGGCAAUAAGGUUACUCUUCAUGACAUACCCAAAUCGAAGAAUAUCAAUGUGCGCGAAGAGCUAUUGAAAUUUCACAAAAAAUGGUAUUCUUCCAAUAUCAUGAGCUUGGCAGUGCUAGGCAAAGAGUCACUAAACGAUCUCGAAGACAUGGUCAUUGAAAAGUUCUCGACUAUUGAGAAUAAAAAUGUAGAAAUACCAACUUUUCCGCCCGAACCAUUCGCUGAGGAUAAAUAUGCGCAGAAAACUUACAUUGUGCCAAUAAAAGAUUUGCGUUCGUUAACAAUCAGUUUCACGACAGCGGACCUAACAGAGUUCUAUAAAUCAGCGCCUGACAGCUAUCUUUCGCAUUUACUCGGUCAUGAAGGUAAAGGCAGCAUUCUAUCUGAGUUACGCAAUCUUGGUUGGUGUAAUGACCUCAUGGCCGGCCAUCAGAAUACACUGAACGGUUUUGGCUUCUUCGAAAUCGUGGUCGACUUAACGCAGGAGGGCAUGGAGCACGUUGACGAUAUAGUGAACAUUAUUUUUCAAUAUCUAACCAUGCUGCGCAAAGAGGGGCCGAAGAAGUGGAUUUUCGAUGAAUAUGUAAACAUAAAUGAAAUACGCUUCCGCUUCAAGGACAAAGAGCAGCCAGAAAAUAUGGUCACGCAUGCGGUUUCAGCAAUGCAGAUUUAUCCACUCGAAGAAGUGCUAACCGCACCCUACCUAAGCAAUGAAUGGCGUCCAGAUCUGAUUACCAAGCUUCUAGAAGAGCUGGUGCCAGAGAAAUGUCGCAUUGUACUUAUUGGUCAGAGCUAUGAGCCGCUAUGUAUUGAAAGCGAACCAUAUUACAAAACUAAAUAUGGUACAAGCAAAAUUGAAGCCGACACACUGAGGCGCUGGGAAAGCUGUGGCCUCAACAAAAACGUUGCACUCCCUCUACCAAAUGCUUUUAUACCGGUUAAUUUUGAUUUAGCACCAGAGGAUGCAGACCUGUCAAAGCAUCCUAGCAUUAUAAAAGAUACACCAAUUUUACGCGUUUGGCAUAAGCAGGAUGACCACUUUCAGAAGCCAAAGGCAUGCAUGACAUUUGAUAUGUCCAAUCCAAUCGCCUAUCUCGAUCCCCUCAAUUGCAAUCUGAAUCAGCUAAUGGUUUCACUACUCAAAGAUCAAUUGAAUGAGUACUUGUAUGAUGCAGCGUUGGCGGGGUUGAAACUGCAAGUGAACACAAAAUCAUCUGGCAUUGAGUUUUCUAUACGAGGCUAUAACGACAAGCAGUUAGUGCUAUUAGAAAAAGUAUUGGAUCAUUUAUUCGAUUUCAAGAUCGAGCGCAAGCGUUUCGAAAUUCUACGCGAGGAAUUUAUGCGUUCGCUAAAGAAUUUCAAGGCCGAACAACCUUACCAGCAUUCAAUUUAUUACUUGGCUUUAAUACUCACAGAGAAUGCGUGGGCCAAUAGCGAGUUGCUGGAUGCGAUGUCGUUGGUCACCUAUGAGCGUGUAGUAGAUUUUGCGCGCAACUUUUUCCAACGCUUGCACACUGAGUGUUUCAUUUAUGGCAAUGUAACCAAGGUGCAAGCAUUAGAUGUUGCUGAGCGUGUUAAUAAGCGUUUGGAGGCAACAAAUUCAACAGUUUUACCACUUUUGGCACGUCAAAUGCUCAAGAAGCGAGAGUACAAAUUGUGUAGCGGCGACAGUUAUUUGUUCGAAAACCAGAAUAACUAUCACAAAAGUUCUUGCUCUCAAUUGUAUUUUCAAUAUGGGCCACAAACAGAUCGUUCGAAUAUUAUGUUGAAUUUGAUUGCGCAAGUUUUAUCGGAACCCUGCUAUGAUGUGCUGCGCACAAAGACAACAUAG